CGCUGAUGCUGAUGAGGAGCUGCGGUUUCACAGAAGAGGAGCGGUUUCACAGAAGAGGAGCUGUUUACAGAGAACAGCGGACCUGAAGGAGAACAGGAAGGACGGAGAGUCUGUCCACGCACCGCGGACGCACAGACAGACUGCCAGACUUUGAAUAAAGGGGGUCCAAGGUCACAGCUCCAUGUGGUCUGAUAGAAGAUGAGAGAACAUGACUUUGGAUGGAGUGAGCCAGGGUCUCUACAACCCUCCUGCAGCACUCUGCUGGGGUCAGAGGUCAAACUACAACAGGAAGUCCAGGGUGUGUUUGGUGUGUGUGAGGACAGAUCAGCUGGUUGCCAUGGUAAAGAGCUGAGGGAGGGUGGAGCUAAAAAUGCAAACCCAAGCAAACCAGGUGGAGAGACCAACAGGUUUGAUCAUCCUGUCGACAGAGCAGGUCUGUUCUCCUUCAUGACGUUUCAUUGGCUGACUCCUCUGGUUGUACACGCCCACAGGAAAGGGCAGCUACUAUUGGACGACAUUUGGGCCGUGUCACAGAGGGAGUGUAGCCAUGACAACAGCCUAAGGCUGGCGUCUCUGUGGGAGGAGGAGCAGAGGUCAAAGGGCAGCGAGGCGUCUCUCUGUUCAGUGAUAUGGUCUUUCUGUCGGACUCGUCUCCUCCUCUCCAUUCUCUGUCUCACCGUCACUCAGCUGGCUGGAUUCAGUGGGCCGGCAUUUGUGGUGAAGCGUCUGCUGGAGUACAGCCAGCAGGAGAAGCCAGACCUGGGCUACGGUCUGCUGCUGGUUCUGGGUCUCCUCACCACCGAGCUGAUCCGGUCCUGGUCUCUGGCUCUGACCUGGGCCCUGAACUACAGGACCGGAUCCAGGCUGAGAGGAGCCAUCCUAAGCAUGGCCUUCAACAAAAUCCUCCAUCUGCGCAGCGUCAGGGACAAGACCAUGGGACAGCUGAUGAACAUGUGCUCCAGUGAUGGUCAGAGGAUGUUUGAGGCAGCAGCAGUGGGGAGUCUGUUAGCAGGAGGCCCCCUGGUGGCCGUCCUCGGCGUGGCCUACAACCUGUUUAUACUGGGUCCAACGUCUCUCCUGGGAUCAGCUGUCUUCAUCCUCUUCUACCCCGCCAUGAUGUUCAGCUCCAGACUGACGGCAUACUUCAGGAGGAAGGGUGUGGCCGUGACCGACAGACGAGUCCAGAAGAUGAAUGAGAUCCUCAGCUACAUCAAGUUCAUCAAGAUGUACGCCUGGGUCAAAGCCUUCUCCCAGGACGUCCACCGUAUCCGUGAGGAGGAGCGCAGGAUCCUCGAGCUCACAGGUUACUUUCAGAGCAUCACGGUGGGUGUGGCUCCGAUCGUCGUCGUCAUCGCCAGCGUGGCAACGUUCUCUGCCCACAUGUUGCUAGGAUAUGACCUGACAGCUGCUCAGGCCUUCACCGUGGUGACGGUGUUUAACGCCAUGACCUUUGCCCUGAAAGUCACUCCAUUUUCUGUCAAGUCUCUGUCUGAAGCUUCAGUGGCCGUGGAGAGAUUCAAGAGUCUCUUCCUGUUGCCGGAGUUUGACAGUGUCCGAGCGGUACCUGCUGAUCCUCAGGUUGCUGUGGAGAUGUGUAGGGCCAGUCUGGUGUGGGAGGGGGGCGGCCAGAGCACCCAGCCCAGUCCAUGUAACCAAACAGCGAGCAGACUCCGACACAGGGACAGGUGCAGAGACAGGGCUGCUGUUCACCAGGAGGAGGAGGAGGAGCAGGAGGAGGUAACUGGCUCCCUGCUGAGAGAAGAAGGAGAUGUAACCUCAAGCCCAGAAGAGGAGGAGGAGGAGGAGGAGACCUGUCCUGCUGACCUGUCUGUCCCUCCUGUCUCCCCACGCCUUCAGAGCACCCUGCACUGCAUCAACCUGAGCAUCCAGCAGGGGAAGCUGGUUGGUGUCUGUGGCAGUGUGGGCAGUGGGAAAACCUCCCUGAUCUCAGCCAUCUUAGGACAGCAGAUGACUGUGUUGGACGGCAGUGUGGCUGUCAGAGGAAGGCUGGCCUAUGUGGCUCAGCAGGCCUGGAUCCUGAACGCAACGCUGAGAGACAACAUCCUGUUUGGACAGCAGUACCAGGAGGACAGGUAUCAGUCGGUGCUGAGCGCCUGCUGUCUCAGACCAGACCUCACCCUACUGCCAGACGCUGACCUCACAGAGAUUGGGGAACGUGGUGCCAACCUGAGUGGCGGACAGCGCCAGCGAAUCAGCUUAGCCCGUGCCCUUUACAGCGACCGGGACAUUUACAUCCUGGAUGACCCACUCAGCGCCCUUGACGCCCAUGUGGCCAACCACAUCUUCCACAAUGCGAUCAGGAAGCACCUUCGUCACAACACUGUCAUCUUCGUCACCCACCAGCUGCAGUACCUGGUGGACUGUGAUGACAUCAUCCUGGUGAGGGAGGGGAGUAUAGUGGAGCAAGGUAACCAUGACAACCUAAUGAAACUGAAUGGAGACUAUGCUGCCAUGUUCAACCACUUCCAGCUGGGAGACACUCCAUACAUCGAGGCUCCCAGCAGGAAAUCUGGUGGCUCUCAGAGGAAACCAGCAGACAGUAAACCAGGAUCAGUGAAGAAGAAUCCACCGGUUGUCAAGGACAAUGGGGAGGAGCAGCAGUGUGGGGGCGUGGCCUGGUCUGUGUAUCGGCUCUACAUGGUUGCGUGCGGUGGCUCCGCCUCCUGCCUGCUGAUCCUGGUCCUGUUCGUCUUUAAUGUGGGGAGUUCCGCCUUCUGUCAGUGGUGGCUCAGCUACUGGAUCAACCAGGGCAGUGGGAACACCAUGGUACCACAGGGAAACAACUCCAUGGUGAGCAUCAGCAUGAAGGACAAUCCCAUGAUGCAACACUACGCUGCUGUUUAUGCCUCCUCCAUGGGAGUCAUGCUGCUCUUCAAACUGAUCAGAGGCAUCGCCUUCGUCAAGGGAACUCUGCAAGCCUCCUCCAAGCUGCACGACCAGCUCUUCCACAAGAUCCUCCGCUGCCCCAUGAAGUUCUUCGACACGAUGCCCACAGGACGGAUCCUCAGCCACUUCUCCAAGGACAUGGAUGAAGUCGACACCCGCCUGCCCUUCCAGGCUGAGAUGUUCAUCCAGAACGUGAUCCUGGUCUUCUUCUGUCUGGGCGUCAUCAGCUGUGUUUUCCCAUGGUUUCUGGUGGCUGUGGGUCCUCUGGUCUUACUCUUUGCAGCCCUUCACAGUGUCUCCAGGGUCUUCAUCCGGGAGCUGAAGCGUCUGGACAAUGUGACGAUGUCCCCCUUUAUGUCCCACAUCACCUCCAGCAUCCAGGGCCUGGCCACGCUGCAGGCCUAUGGCAUGGAUAGGGACUUCCUCCACAGAUACCAGCUUCUGCUAGACCAGAACCAGGCUCCAUUCUACCUGUUCAGCUGUGCAAUGCGGUGGCUGGCAGUGCGCCUGGACGUCAUCAGUGUGGCUCUGAUCAGCAUCACCGCCCUGAUGAUGGUCCUGAUGCACGGACAGAUCCCUCCCGCCUACGCCGGCCUUGCCAUCUCCUACGCAGUGCAGUUAACAGGCUUGUUCCAGUUCACGGUUCGUUUGGCAUCUGAGACUGAAGCUCGCUUUACUUCAGUGGAGAGAAUCCACCAUUACAUCCAGUCCCUGUCCCAGGAGGCCCCUGCCCAGGUCAAAGGUCGUGCCCCUCCGGCUGGCUGGCCCCACCAGGGGGAGCUAGUGUUCAGGGAAGUGGAGAUGAGGUACCAGGAGAACCUCCCUCUGGUCCUGAACAGGAUCUCCUGCACCAUCAGGCCCAAAGAGAAGGUCGGCAUCGUGGGCAGGACCGGAUCAGGGAAGUCAUCUCUUGGCGUGGUCUUGUUCAGGCUGGUGGAGUGCUGUGGGGGAUCCAUUCUGAUCGACGGCAUCGACAUCAGUGACAUUGGACUGGCCAACCUCCGCAGCAAACUGUCCAUCAUCCCCCAGGACCCAGUGCUGUUCAGUGGGACGGUCAGGUCUAAUCUGGACCCCUUUAACCAGUACAGUGAGGAGCAGAUCUGGGACGCUCUGGAGAGGAGUCACAUGAAGGAGUGUGUGUCCCAGCUGUCCCUGAAGCUGGAGGCGGAGGUGGUGGAGAACGGAGAAAACUUCUCUGUUGGAGAGAGACAGCUGCUGUGUGUCGCCAGAGCUCUGCUGAGGCAGUGCAAGGUCCUGAUCUUGGAUGAGGCCACAGCAGCCAUGGAUGCUGAGACGGACGCUCUGAUCCAAGAGACCAUCAGGAGCUCGUUUCAGGACUGCACCACCCUGACCAUUGCUCACCGCCUCCACACCGUCCUCACCUCCAACCGCAUCAUGGUGCUCAACCAAGGACAGGUAGUGGAGUAUGACGAGCCCUCCAAGCUGCUGGCCAAUGAGAACUCUCGGCUGUGCUCGAUGCUGGCUGCUGUGGAAAACAAGAUCUCUGUCCGAGGAUGAAGAAGGACUGAAGUGGGGUCAGAGGUUACAGCAGGUCAAAGGUCAGUCAGUGAUAUUAGACCAGCUGUAUCCCAGUGAUCCCAUUAAAACCAGUAUAAACCAUGAGAAGGUGCUAUUCCUGUACAGUACAUGCUCUGCUGUAGAUUAUAGAUGUGAAUCAGCCUCACUGACUUGUCUCUGCGUAACGGUGUUUCAUCAGCUGAUGUGAACCAAAUCUGUAGUUCUUAUUAUUAUUUAUAAAGAUUUGUUUUGUUGUCAUAAACAUUCUGAGUUAACAUGGUGACCUGGUGCUGUGAGAUUGGAUGUCUGGAGAGGGUCUAGAGGUUAAAGGACCAUGACACGAUUCUCGCCUUGUAAAAAGUGUUUCAUUUUUCUCCUUUUAACAUCAUGCUGUUCAGAAUGAAACGUGGUGCAGCUUCAGCUUCAGCUGGACUCUUUAUUCAUGAAGUAAUAAUCUGAACUCUCUCCUAUAAUGAUGGUUAUAUAUUAUUAAUCUGCAUCAUAUACUAUCACAUCACAUAUGAUUUAGAGGAACCUGAAUGCAACAUAACUGAAGGAAAAGGUGCCAGUGAAGGUGUUUCUGAAUAGACAGUUGAUCUGGACUCCAGAAUAUUCUUUCCAGGUGAUGUGUCUGCACAUGUAAACAUCAGAUCCCGGUCUUCAGAGACCUGGACGUGCUGGGUGUAGUGCUGUAGAAACACCUGGUCUCUGCCUCUGUGAACGAUUGUGACGAGCUCCAGUUAACGUCCACACACGGACAGGACGGUUAGAGCCUGACAGAGGAAACACAGAGGAGGCUUGAUCUGGUCACUGCGAUCAAAACCUGGAUUCGUCUGACCUGACCUGAGGACCUGAACCAGCACAGAAUUGUUGUCUGUGGAGGAGAUGAACCGCAGUGAACAGACGGUUUUCAUGCUCCAUUCAGUCACAGUAAAGAUCUUUAAAGUGGAGUGAAGCUUAGGUGUGUUACCUGUGUGUAAUGUGAUGAUCUGUGUCAGUCUGUUGUUAUCUCUCUGUAAAGACCUGAUGAUGUCAUGAUGCUCUGAUCUUCAUGUGACUCAUCUCAAAGCAGAUGGACAGGACGUCUCCUGUCUGAUGUCCAGUUUGUCCUCAUGUCUCAGCAGCUCCACAGCAGAGGAAGAAGACAGAACUACCAAAAUAAAAGUCUGGUUGCGAAAAAUAAACAGAGUCUGAACUCUUAAAGAGCUACAGGAAGUGAGAGAUUUUUCAAGUCAGCUCAUUUUUUAUCAAACAGCCUUGUAGCGAAUGCAUGUGUGUGUGUGUGUGUGUGUGUGUGUGCUGUGUUUUCUUACAGCCUUAUAGCAUGAUUUGAUAACUGCCUUGUCUGAAGAGGGGGGGUCUGCUCUGAGAUAUUGUAAUAAAUAAAACAAUUUUAAGAUGAAAGCUUUGUGGUGUUUCCUGGUUCUGUUCAUUAAAGUCUAUGUUCUUUGGCUUUAAAUCUUCUCACAUGUAUUUUUAUUCAAUGAGAGUUUUAUAGUCGUUUUCUUCCUGCUGAUCAUUUUCAGUUUUUACAUCAGUUCUAUAAAACCAGCAGAUUGGUCCUGUACAGACAGAGGUCAGUCACUCUCUGCUGAUUUACAGGACAACAUUAAACCCCACCAAAGUCCUGCAUCCAAAUCCCACUGCAGUAAGAGUACAUUAGUGUUAUCAGUAAAACCUUAAGUGUUGAAAGCAAAAUGAAAAGCACUCCAUAUACAGGAUACCCUCUAUUAGUCAGAGUGUUAAUACUAUGGGAUGUAAAGAGGCCUGUUAGUUAAGAUACAUAUCACUUUAUCUGUACAGCACCUGUCAUACAGGUAAGUGCAGUUCAGACAAGCGGAGAAUAAGACAGUUUAGUAAAAGAGUCUGAGAGCAGAGUGAAUCACAAAUCUGAUAGUUACCUAAUAAAACAGACAAAAGACAAUAACAAAUACUAAACAUUUUAUAAUAUGAAUACAGUCAUGACACCUUCUCAAAGAAGGUGGAGGAAGCUUUGUUGAGGCAGGAACAUCUCCAUGUCUGCAGUCUGUCAUCUUCUGUCUCAAUCACAGGAUUCAACAUCACCAGUGAACAGAACAGGAGGCAGCUGAGGCUCACAUGUUCCUCCACUGAUCUCAGGGCCGGUGGUCCAGUCUACAUGUCCACAUAUUCUUGAGCAAAACACUGAGCCCUGGGUGCCUCCUGAUGGUUUGACCAGCUCACUGCCACCAGUGUGUGAGGGAAUGUUUUAGAUAAAUGUAUAAUCCUCACAGUUUGGUCUACAAACAUUCUCUAAUCUUCAUUAUUAAAAACAUCAGACUGCACAUUAAACUGUGCUUUCCUUCAGGUCAAACCUCUCUAGCUCUGCAGACACCUCUCACCCUGCCUCCUGGUCUUUUAGCCUGUGGCUCACUCCU